AUGUAUCACCACCCCGCAGCAGAGCAGAACCGGGACAACCCCCUGGGUCUUCCAAUAUACGAAUGUUGGUUCUGCCCAACGAGCUGGAUUGGAUUCUCAGGUCUGCUGUUCCACCUUGAAGGAGGUCGCUGCGUGAAGCGUGACCGCAUCCGCACCCUCGCCUUUGAGACUCCUGAGUACGGGUUUUACGGAAACCGACUUACCGACGAGAACCCUUUCUUCUGCUACCAAUGUCGCACCCAGUUCCCACAGGUUUCUUACCUGUACCAUCAUGCAGAACACAGCCCUUCCUGCGCGUACUUACUCAACACCUCUGAGUGCCUCGGUGUUCUCCGUGACUUCUACAUUGAGUAUUAUGAGUGCCCUGGCUCCGACUACGUUCACUUUUAA